ACUAAGAACAAACUAACAUUAUUAGUGAAACAUGGAUUUACAAGGUUGCAUGAAGCCAAAAGUACCGCACAUUGCCAUGCUCAUUGUUCAGUUGAUCUAUGCAGGCAUGGCGUUAUUGUCAAAGACCGCAAUAGCUCAAGGCAUGAGCCCUUUCAUUUUUGUUGCCUAUCGCCAAGCAUUUGCCACCAUUGCCUUAGCCCCAUUCGCCGUUUUCCUUGACAGAAAGAAUCCUGUUUCCUUGUCGUACAACAUCCUGUGGAAGAUCUUCCUGGGCUCCUUCAUAGGGAUUACACUCGGUCUAAACCUCUACUGUUAUGCUAUAAAGUACACCUCAGCAACCUUUGCAGCAGCCACCACCAACAUAAUCCCUGCUCUGACUUUCGUUAUGGCAGUUAUAUCAAGGGUGGAGAGCUUAUCGAUUAGGCAAUCGCAUGGAAUGGCAAAAGUUUUGGGUUGUGUAAUCAGUGUUUCAGGUGCUCUGGUGUUUGCUUUUGUUAAAGGGCCUCAUGUACAGUUCAUACACUCAUCAACCCAAAUCCAUAGUCAAACUACCUCAGCUGCCAAGUUUUAUUCUAAGAGUGGUGAGUUGGUCAAGGGUCCUUUACUCAUGCUCUUAGCCAAUUUGGUGUGGUCCAUGUGGUAUAUUAUGCAGUCACGUAUCGUGAAACAAUAUCCUGCAAAGGUACGCCUCACGACUCUACAGUGUCUGUUUAGCUGCGUGCAAUCUUCAGUUUGGGCCAUGGCAAUGGAAAGGGACAUUGCAUCCUGGAGGCUCAAGUGGGAUGUCAAUUUAGUCUCAGUCAUCUACUGUGGAGUAAUUGUGACAGCCAUUACAUAUUGGCUGCAGCUUUGGGCAGUGGAGAAGAAAGGGCCAGUGUUCAUAGCAGUGUUUACGCCAUUAUCACUAAUCAUAACUGCCACCAUUUCUGCAAUUUUGUGGAAGGAGAAGCUUUACUUGGGAAGUGUUUUUGGGGCAAUACUGCUGAUAGGGGGACUGUACAGCUUCUUAUGGGGGCAGAACAGGGAAGCAGAGGGGGAGAAAAUAAUGAAACACCCUAAAAUGGAUCGGAGUGCAUUACACAUCAUCACUGACUGAUCGAUGAGACAUCCAUAUAUGAUAUUACAUUUUCUAGCUUUAAUUUUACUAAAGCCUCUCUUCAAUGGAGUCUUGUCUUGUAUUGUUUGCAACUUGUUAAGGAACCAGCUAGACAUGCAUGGGGACUAGGUAGAAACCUAUGUUCUUGCAAAAGGGCAGACAACUAGAUCAUCAUCUUUAAUUUGUACAACACAGAUCAGAUUAUAUAAUGGAAGCCACAUUAUCAACUA